AUGUGCAAAGGGCUGGCAGGGCUGCCCGCUUCCUGCUUGAGGAGCGCCAAAGGCAUGAAGCACCGGCUGGGGGCGCUGCUGCAGAAGUCGGACUCCUGUGAGCACAGCUCCUCCCACAGCAGGAAGGACAAGCUGGUGGUCUGUCCCAGGGUGAGCCAAGAGGAAGUCAAAAAGUGGGCUGAGUCGCUGGAAAACCUGAUCAGCCAUGAAUGCGGGCUGGCGGCGUUCCGGGCCUUCCUGCGGUCGGAGCACAGCGAGGAGAACCUGGAGUUCUGGCUGCGCUGUGAGGAGUACAAGCUCACCCUCGCGCCCUCGCAGCUGCGCCCCAAGGCCCUGGAGGUCUACGCGGAGUUCAUCUCGGCCCAGGCGGCCCAGGAGGUCAACCUGGACUCGGGCACCAGGGAGCAGACCCGCCGGAACCUGCUGGCGCCCACCGCCAGCUGCUUUGACGACGCCCAGAGGAAGAUCUUCCACCUGAUGGAGAAGGACUCCUACCGCCGCUUCCUCAAGUCCCGCUUCUACCUGGAGCUGGCUGACCCUUCUGGCCGCGGGUCCGAGAAGCAGAAAGGGGCCAAGCGCCCGGCGGACUGCCCCGCGCUGGCCCCCCGCUGCGCCUAA